AGGCAGCAAGAUUCUAACUUCCGCCCUGAGUUUGCUCGGUCGCUGUGAUCGUGACGUGUAUUAGCAAGGAGUCCCUCGAAUAGUGUAGGUUGCUAAUAUGAAGUUAGCCAGUUUUGUUGCCGAUGAUAUUAAGUGAUUCGCGGAGCACAAAUUAAAGCGGAGACGGUCUUCGGUCGGUCUUUUGGAAGCAAUAAUGCCUCUCAUGGUCGGCGGAGGUAACGGACGAGCUGAUAGAAAUGUGAUGUGCCUCUUGUUUCCGCUCGCCGCCGUGUUUUUGUUGUCGGUCGGAGUUGCUGCAGUUCCAGAGGAGCACAAAUCAGCUGUCCAGGAGCAGCCCGCACCAGAGAAAGCCUCAAGUCCCCAUCCAGUAGGCCCGGCAGUGUCUGAAGAUGACUCCAGCAAAGGAAACCUGGGCUUCAUUCAUGCCUUUGUGGCCUCCAUCUCUGUCAUCAUCGUCUCUGAGUUGGGAGACAAGACAUUUUUCAUCGCAGCCAUCAUGGCCAUGCGUUACAACCGUCUCACCGUGCUGGCAGGUGCCAUGCUGGCCCUGGGACUCAUGACUUGUCUCUCAGUGCUCUUUGGCUACGCCACCACCAUCAUCCCUAGAAUCUACACAUACUACGUGUCCACCGCUCUGUUUGCCAUCUUCGGUGUACGCAUGCUGAGAGAGGGGCUGAGAAUGAGUCCAGAUGAAGGCCAGGAGGAGCUGGAGGAGGUGCAGGCAGAGAUCAAGAAGAAGGAUGAAGAGCUCCAGCGAUCCAAGCUGGCCAAUGGGACUCCAGACGUGGAAGCUGGGUCGGGGACUACAAUUCCUCAGGGAAAGUGGCACAGCUUAAUUUCACCCAUCUUCAUCCAAGCCCUCACCCUCACCUUCCUGGCAGAGUGGGGGGACCGCUCACAGCUGACCACUAUAAUUCUAGCUGCCCGGGAGGAUCCAUUUGGAGUGGCAGUGGGCGGCACACUUGGACACUGUAUGUGUACCGGACUGGCUGUGGUAGGAGGGAGAAUGAUCGCCCAGAAAAUAUCUGUCAGAACAGUUACAAUCAUUGGAGGGAUCGUUUUCCUGGCGUUUGCCUUCUCUGCCCUGUUCAUCAAGCCGGACGCUGGAUUUUAAUUGGACGGAAAAAAAAGGACUUUCAGGUUUUCCUCUGUACAUACGUGUAAAAUUUGGUAACGUUGCUGUAGAGAGACUGUAGUUUUGACUCUGUGUGUGUCCAACAAGACAGUGUGACAUGUAAAAAAAAAAAAAGAGAGAGAGAGAGAGAGCGCUUCAGUCCUGUCCUCGUCUCCUAGCUGCUCCACUACAGUCUGUAACUCUCGAGGGAACUCUAGGCAUUAGUUUAUUGAACACUUCCCAUGAGUCUAACCUUCACUACACAUUAAAGCCUCAUGGGAAAACGUAGCUGUUGAAUUCUAACUGAUCGGUGUUUUUAGUUAGAUUCCCAGUUACUUCAGGAUGGAAAAUCCUUAAUCUUUUUAUAUUAUGUGAUGAAAGAGAAGAAACCGUUACAGGGGCGAGCUGAGCAAGCAGGUCGGAACUGCAGCUCUCCAUCAGAGCUGUGUUCACAUCACAAGGUGUGUGCGUGAGAGAGAGAGCGAGAAGACGCGAUUGUUACUGAUAGCUGCCCUCCGACCCAUCGCUCAAAGGUUCUCUGGCUCACACAGUGAGUCUGACAUUCAGUACUUCCCUCCUACUCAGCCCUUAGAUACUGAGUCCAUUUCAAAAUCUUUGCCUUUUUUCUUUUUGUUUUAUAAAUGUUGAAUGAUUAUUUGGUUGACAGAAUAAUAACCUCAGACCUAAAGAAUGGAAAAAAAUGACCUACGUUUUGUAGUAAUUUUAAUUUCCCGCUGUGUGGAAAAAGACUGAAACGGCAUAUAAUUAUGAUAUAAAUUGAGUUUUUAUUAGAGACAGACAACAUUGAAAUAUUCCUCUUAGUUACUCCUCACAGUCUUUUUUCAGAGAGACAGGGACCUGAUUCACUAGAAUACCUCUGCGUCCGGGUGUUACCAUGUCACUACAGCUUCAGAACAGCGCACGUGCACCGCGCAAAAACACAGAUUGCAUAUUGGGGAUAGCGAUCGAGGUACUUCAUACUUCCUGCUUCCAGUUUCAGGCGCCGAUAGUGAACAAGAACACAAGUCAGGCUGCCGAGCGGUUAGCGGUCACCUCCACACAGGUUAACUCCUCCUCAGCGUUUAAAGCCAUGUCCACUACGAACCUCACUGCCUCCAUUGUUGCUGCUUUCGAUUCACAGAAUGGAUGGGUACAGAGCAGACGAGUCACCACCACGUGUCCAUAAGUCACUCCUGCCGUAAGCAGCUGCGUUGUAGCUGCUGUGACACCUGAACGCGGCGAUGUAAUUCAACCUACGUUUUCACCUUUUUUGUUUAAAGGGGUAUCUAUUUAUUUAGCUUCAUUUUCUUUCUUUUUAAGCAACUGUACUGUAGAAACCAAAAAAAACAAACAAAAAAAGGAUUGGAGGCACAACAAACGAGUGGAGAUAUUUUUGUAAGUGAACAGGCUACAAGCUGCAUUGUCAAUAUUUGACAGACUGCGCCCAGCUGUGAAAUACUUCUGUUUGUGCUAAAGGUCGGUUGAAAAUGCCUAUAAAUCUAAAAUGCUCAAUAAAAAUGUUUCAUGUGUUGUCUGA